AUGGCCAUCGCGGAGGCGUCCCCCUUCGCGGACCUGCCCUUCCCCGACGGCGGCCUGAAGAACGACGAGUCCUCGGAGACGUCUUCCAGGAGCGCGAGCGCUGGGAGCGACGGCAAGGCUAAGGAGGGGGAGGGUGAGGACGACAAGCGGCGGGCGCGGCUGGUGCGGAACCGGGAGAGCGCGCACCUGUCGCGGCAGAGGAAGAAGCAGUACGUGGAGGAGCUGGAGGGGAAGGUCAAGGCCAUGCAGGCCACCAUCGCCGACCUCUCCACCAGGAUCUCCUGCGUCACGGCUGAGAACGCCGCUCUCAAGCAGCAACUGGCCGGUGCCGGUGGCGCAGGCGUCCCGCCGCCGCUGCCGAUGUACCCUGGAUUGUACCCUUUGCCGCUGCCAUGGAUGCACCCGGCUUAUGCGAUGGGAGCGCGCGGCUCCCAAGUGCCGCUCAUGCCGAUACCUCGGCUGAAAACCAAGCAGCCUGCGUCGGCUGCCGCAGAGCCACCGGCCAAGAAGUCUAGGAAGACCAAGAAGGUUGCUAGUUUUAGCCUCCUUGGAUUGCUGUUCCUGAUGAUGCUCUGUGGGUGUUUGGUUCCUGCGGUAAAUCGGAUGUAUGGAGCAGUUGAUUCCCGAGAAGGAAUUGUGCUUGGUCCGUCACAAUCACGUCAUGGGAGGGUUCUGGCUGUUGACGGGCCUCGAGAUGGUGUCUUGGAAGGUGUUGAUUCGAAGUUGCCGCAUAAUUCAAGUGAGACGCUCCCGGCGCUGUUGUAUAUUCCUAGGAAUGGGAAGCAUGUCAAGAUCAAUGGAAAUUUGGUUAUCCAGUCUGUUGUUGCGAGUGAGAAAGCCUCUUCGUGCAUGUGUCACUCUGAUGGGAAGACUUCAUGUAACCAAGGACAAGAAGAUACUAGUUUGGCAAUUCCUGGCCAUGUUGCUCAGUUGAAUUCUGGAGAAGUCAUGGAAUCUGCUAAAGCAAUAAAAAAUAAACUGAUGGCUUUACCUCCUGGAGAUGGAAGCAUAUACAGAGACGAUGAUGAAUUACUGCCACAAUGGUUUAGUGAAGCAAUGUCAGGUCCUAUGUUGAGUUCCGGAAUGUGCACCGAAGUGUUCCAGUUUGAUAUAUCGCCGACCACCAUUGUUCCUGUCUACUCCAGUGGUAUGCACAAUGCAUCACAUAACUCCACGGAGAACCUCCCCUCCAGUCAGUCCCAUAAGGUCAAGAACAGAAGGAUUUUACAUUCCAUGGCCGUUCCCCUAAAAGGUUCAACGUCCAACCACACCGAUCACCUCAAAGCGCACCCCAAGAACGAGAGCUUUGCUGGAAAGAAACCGGCUUCAUCGGUGGUGGUCUCUGUCCUGGCUGACCCUAGAGUGGAUGCUGAUGGAAGGAUCUCUUCGAAGUCAUUGUCGCGUAUAUUUGUUGUAGUCCUCGUUGACAGUGUAAAGUAUGUCACUUACUCUUGCGUCCUGCCGUUCAAAACCCAUAGCCCUCAUCUGUGA